GUAUAACUAUGUAUUGUCGGCAGCAUUUGAUAGCGCUGCACAAAUUGCGACAAUGGUUAUUUUCUUUUUUCUCAAUGGUGUUGUUAAGACGCCGUUUCCGGAGUGGUGGGGUAACGAUAAGAUUUCUCAAGGAGAACGUUGUUUUAACAAUGAAUAA